UGUGAGUUGUGUAAUGGUACAGCCCAGUGGCUCCCCUCCCUCUCGCACUCUCACUGCUGGCGUUUUUUCGUGUUGUUGUUGCAAGCUGUGAGCUCAGCUGAUGAGUCAGAGCCAUGCAGUCAUUCCACUCUGCACCCAGCUACUGCCUCUGCACAGACACACGCACACAGGGAGAAGACGCUGCUGCCUUGUAGCUGAAGCAAACUUCUGAUAUCUGCGGCGCACCCUUUGCUCCGCACAGCGAGUCGGGACUGUUUUGCAGCAGGCAGCCUUUACGGUCAUUUGCACGGAAGUACAACUUUGGGUGUUGCUGGUGUGAGAAGGGAAGAAGGAGAGGCAAUUGGAUAUGCCUGGGUCGGCCGUGGCUUUGUUUGCUGGAACUUGAAUCCCAUAGUUCGCAGUGUGAGGAGGAUGCACCCUGCUGAAUCUGGCAGGAUCUGAAGAACAUUACAUACCUCUCCCCUUUCUGGGAACCUGCUACUCUUAAAUUUAUUUAUAUCCUCUUACUGUUGUUACUGCCGUGGAGAAAUCUCCAAGGUUUACAUGUGUGUUGAUUACCAUGAAUCUGCAGCCUCAGCAGAAGGCUUCCAAUAAAAGAACGGGAAAGAGAAUUACGUUUUUCAACGAACAACUUCCAGUUGCAAGUAAACUGCCUCAGGUGAAAGAGCAGCAGUUUUAUGGCACCACGGUUAGGCCGCCAGUUCCUCAGGCUUCAGAUUUUUCCAAGGUGGACGGUCUUGCUUCUGCUCCUUCCAGCAAUAUGCUCAAUACAGUUGUGUAUACCCAGGACAGGCCUGAUGCUAUGAGAAUGAAUCAGCAGCAGGUUCCCGGUAAGUGGAAUGUAUCUGAAAGAAGUGAUCCUACCUGGCAAGCCCAGCCUGCUAGUAUGUGGCAACGGAACCCAGGCGGAUACGGCGUCACCAUGGUUUCUUCUUAUCACAACCAUCAUGAGCCACAAAAGAGGAGCCAGGACAAAGCAGUGGGAGUAUCUCAGCUAGAUAUGUAUGGGGAUGCUCUGCAGCAAAUGAUGUCUCAGAAAGCCCAACUGGAGCACCAUACGCUUGCCCAACAGCAAGCCCAUUUGAACUCCGUUUUACAGGCUCAGCAACAACAGCAGCAAAUUCAACAACAGCAAACACAGCACUUGUCUUUGCAACCUUUUCAAAUGGCAUUUGGACACCAAGGCCAGAAACCAGCUCUUUCUGAACUGUUCCAUGUGUUUCCUAAUGCCUCCUCAAAUGCUGCUUUUGUCUCACAGCAGAAACAGCAGACAGCCCUACCUCAGAUGCAACUGUUUGAGAACUUUUACCCAACCCAGCAGCAGCAACAGGCAACCUAUGGCAUUCAGCCAACUGUUUCUAUGGCCCAGCAUCAUGGGGUAGCACAGCAGAAGAUGCAAAUGAUAAGCCAGACGCAGCUUGCUCCAUCAUUACAGGAAUACACAAAAGCUGUUGCAGAGCACAAUCAGCAGACCGUGUUGCCCAAGGCUCAGAUUCCUUUGCCGAGGAGGUCACGUAGACUUUCUAAAGAAGGCCUUCCACCAUUAGCUCCUAUGGGGAUCGCUCAACCUUUUGAGGGACAAGUAACGAAUCAAUACAUGCAAAAUCCUUAUGAACAUGCAUUACCUAAUCAGGUAGAGGCACUUGAGUCUUACAAGAGGGGAUACCAGCAAAUCCAAAGGGAUACCCAAAUAAUUACUCAGGACAAAAACUAUGGUCAUCUCCCUAAACUAGAUAAGGCACCUCUGCCUCAGAAUGGUAGAGCAGGGGAAAUGCACCCUCUGACUGAUCAGAGUGGGUCAGAAAACGACCCUCUUGCUGGUGGUACUGGUGGAGUUAUCCAGACUACAAGACGGCGACGUCGUAUAUCACAGGAAGUCAAUCUGUUUACUUUGGCCCAGAAAGCAUCUGAAUUGCCAUCUCUUCAAAACACUAAGCUGGAUGCAGACGCAUCAGGAGAUAAGAGGAAGAGCCAAGAAUCAAAAGUCAAUGUGGAUUUUGCGGGAGUUCCAACUAGCAAGAGAACUCGAGGAGAUGGUGACUUGAGACCUCUAGUAAUGCCUGUGUCUGUACCAGUGAAAAUGGAAACUGGGAAAGAAAAGGGAGAGGAUGCAAAGAUGGAAAAGACUGCAGGCUCUGAAAGAGACUCCUCCGCAUCUAUGCCAUCUGUGAUCGUCACACGGAAUAGAGCCGGGCAAACAAAUCUAACUGAAGCAUCCACAUUGAAACAUGAAGUUUCUCCGUUGUCUGAAGGAGAAACACCAUCUCGUAAACCAAAGCGACCUAGACCCGAACCUUUGUUUAUCCCUCCGAAAUCUGGCACCUUCAUUGUCCCUGUCCUAUACUCCAACAUCACCCCAUACCAAAGCCACCUUCGAUCACCUGUACGGGUUCCUGAUCACCCAUGUGACAGAAACUUUGAAUUACCACCUUAUACACCUCCACCCAUACUCAGUCCAGUACGUGAGGGCUCAGGACUGUACUUCAAUGCUAUCAUGUCGGCCAGCAGCCAUGGAAUGCCUCCACCAGUCACACCCAAGAGCAGCACACGGACUCUGCUAAGAUCCACAGAUAGUGUGGAUGAUAUGCCGCCCUUGCUCACAGCCAUGGGAGAAGUUACCCCAGUUAGCAUAGAGCCGCGUAUAAACAUUGGCUCACGAUUCCAGGCAGAAAUUCCAGAUCUUCGAGCCCGAAGUUCAGCCAUGUGUGAUGAGCAUAAAGGAAACCUUUUGUGGCAACCAUUGGACGAAUCUGGCUACAGCCAAGGGAAAGUGGAAGAGCUACUUACAGCGGCUUGUUCCAGUAUCCUGCCAGGAGGAGGUACCAAUCAAGAGCUGACACUUCAUUACCUACAUGAGACCAAGGGAAAUAUUCUGGCUGCUCUGGCCAAGUUGCUUCUGAAAAAACCCAGCCGGAGUAGAAAUCAUCCUCUUUGUGACUAUCAUUACUCAGGAUCAGAUAGAUGGUCCAUGGAAGAGAAAAGGCUUUUUAACAAAGGAAUGGCGAUUUACAAGAAAGACUUUCUGCUGGUACAGAAACUGAUAAAGACAAAGACUGUGGCUCAGUGUGUUGAGUUCUACUAUACCUACAAAAAGCAGGUGAAGAUUGGCCGCAGUGGAAUGUUAAUCUAUGGAGAUGCUGAGCCUGUAGCAGAUGAAAAAAACCCAAGGGAAGAUUCUGAGAUUAAUAUAAAGAGCUCUCAUCGAGUUCCACCUCUUAUGCCUCCCAGAAGGGAGAUGCUGAUAGAGAGAACAGCCGAAGAGUUGAACACAGACAAGGGAUUGGAGGAGAGCAAGAUACAAGUGAAUUCUAAUGAGUUGAAGAAAGAAGAGGAGGAGAGAGUGCCCCCUUCAACCAAGGUCACCCAAUCGCUCGAAGCCAGUGAAACAAUAAACGAUACUCUGAUCCUGAGAAACCAGGAGCCAAACACCAGGAUGGCAGAUCAUUCAUCCAAAGCAAGAGGAAGGAGACCACGGAAUACGUUUCCACCAGAAGGCACCAAAAAUCCUGAGGUCCAAAACAAGCCUCCCGAACAGGAAGGCACGUUCCCUUGCAAAAAAUGUGACAGGGUAUUCCUCAAAGUGAAAAGCCGCAGUGCCCAUAUGAAGAGCCACGCUGAACAAGAGAAAAAAGCUGCAGCCCAGCGGCAGAACGAAGCAGCAGCAGCAGCAGCAGCAGCAGCAGCCGCCCAGGCUGCCCUGCAAGCAAGACUACGGUAUAAGGAAAGCAGUGAGAGCGAGAGCAGUAGCAGUGACAGUAGCAGCAGUGAGAGCUGUGACAGUUCUGAUGAUGGAGAAAUCUAAUGAUGGACGUGAGCAGGUGCUCCCCGGAGGCUGGAUCCUCUUUAUACUUUUCUUCAUGAUUUCCUACUUACUGUACAGCAGAGCUUUGGCCUUGGCUCAUCACAGUGAGCUACUGUUUAUCUGCGCAGAUCAAAUAUCCAGCCACGUGUAUGAAAAUCUGGGACUUUUUUUAUGCAUAUGUAUUUAUUAAGGAAACCCUCUUCAGAUCCACUGUGUAUUUCAGAGUGUACUAUUUUAUAGUCUCCGCCUGUAUAGGUGUGUCCGUUGCUACACCUUGAACAAAUCCCAGCAACUCCAGUUUCAGUUAUUGGACACAUUGAUUUCUGUUCACUGAGGCUCUCCGGUACAACAGCGUUCACUGGAAACCUAAAUCACUGUUUGUACUUAAUCGCAGGUUUGUUUUCUGUAAACCAAAAACUCGGUUAUCUGCUGAUUUACACAGUCCAACAAGUUGGAAUUAUACCCCACUGUUCUCCUAUGCCAGAGCUGUUACUUGCACGGCAAACAAGCUUCGUUUUGAUUUUCCACUUCUAUAAAUGCAACUGUCAUAAAAUAGAGACUAUGAAAUUGUAUAUACAAUAUCUAUUUUAUGUUUUGUAAAAAAAAAUAUAUAUAUAUAUAUAUAUAUA